UCAUGAAGAUGAUUUUGAGAUUGUAAUUUAUUACAAUCAUUAUCGUUAUUUUAUUCGUGCAUUCAUUUUGUUAAAAUAAAAAAAACGUAAAUAAAAUUAGUUUUAAAAAGUUAUAAACAUGAACACUUCUUGUGAUCGGUAAAAUAAGUGUUAUGGAAAUAUGGUGGACUUGAAUCAAGAUUUGAAGAACUAUCUAGCGCGUCCAGACACGAAUCGCCAGAAUUUCGUAGCCAGCAUUAAAUAUGAUACAUUUAAGAGUUGGUUUUCGACAAAAUUUAAUCAGGAGACAGGUGUAUUAAUUCAGGAAACAAAAAAUACAAAUGGAUGGACGUCGCAAGUUGAGAAAGAUCCUGUGUUUCGAAUUUUGACCAGAAGACAGAGAAUUAUAGGAUUUGUAGGAUGCAUUCUAAUGGGUUUUUUUUGCUUUACAUUGGCUGGGUUUUAUGCUCCAUUUCUGCUGUUAAAAGCUCGAAAGUUUGCUCUCUUGUACAGUCUUGGCAGCUUAUUCAUCAUUUGUAGCUUUUCUCUGCUAUGGGGUCCAGUAAGCCAUGCAAAGCACCUGUGUUCAAAAGAAAUGCUUCCUUUCACAAUUAUUUAUUUUAGCAGUAUGUUUGCAACUCUGUAUUUUGCUAUGUGGAGAUCGAGAAUUCCUUUAUUAUCACCCAUUUUUGGCACUUCAGAGCUAUAGCUCAUUUUGGGGCUCUCAGUUAUUCUUUUUUCUCAUCAUAUCUUCCAUCUAUGAAGUACUUCUGGUAUAUUGUUGGUAACUGAAACCUUGAUUUAAUACUUUUUCUAUAAUAAAAAUAUCAGUUGAGUUGAAUUUUUCACAACAAAUGGAAUUUCAUUUCUCGUGUUGAGCCCCCCAGUGGCACAGCGGUAUGUCUGCAGACUUACAAUGCUAGAAACCGGGUUUCGAUACCCGUGGUGGGCAGAGCAAUAAUAGCCCUUGUGUAGCUUUGUGCAUAAUUAGAAACAAACAAAUUCUCGUGUUGCACUCAAAACUAUAAGUCUGAUUUUGAAUAAAAGAUAUAGCUGUAAGAUUAUUCUUUCAUUGGCAGGUUUUUAAAAUAAUCUGGUGAAAAUAAUUUGAUGUCUAAUCUACGUAACGAUAACAAGUUAGUUUAUUUCCUUCUGUACAAACUUAAUCACUUUGAUAACUUGUAGGCCAAGUUUUCAGCCAUGCUAAAUGUACAAAACUAACGUAAAAAUAAACUUAUUUGUAAAACUUCAAGGCUGAUCAAUCCCAGUAAAUGAAAACAAAAUAUUGACAGAUUCGUCACUAGUUGAAACAAAAACACACACUGAUUCAUUGUACUGACUAGAAACGCUAUCUCCAUUACACAUUUCACUGAACAUAGUAUUUAUAAUCUUGAAUUUACAAGAAAACCUGACGUCAAAUUUUAGAACUUUGUAGGCCUACUGCAACAGACUUACUUGACUCUAAUAUAAACACUCUACAUUCACCAAGUCUCUUAUUUUUCAGAGGUUUUCGCUUUCAAGGCCCUUAUCUUAUCACCGACUAUCCUGUCACUGGGGGGGCUAAGUAGUUGAAUCCAUUGGCAGCUCCAUUCUUGACGAUCCUCUGGUAGUAGCAGGUGGCACAGCAGUAGUGGUAACGUGUGGACCACAUAAUUUAUCCUGUUCCAUAUUUUGUAGUAGCUUGGGUUUUAGGUAGAAACUCUUGAGCUGAUGUAGAAAGAAAUACAGCUAGUUUAUUCGUUUUCCAAGUGGUUUAGUCCAUCACAGAUGUUGUGUUCCUUUACUUGUAACUUCAUCCUUGCCCUUUUGGGAUCUUUCUGUGUAUCUCCAGUAACUUUCUCGAUCUUGUUUUCACUCAGAUUUAGUUUUAUUUUUUAAUUCUUCUGUAAAUAGUAUUUCUCUUUUAACUAUUCUUUUAAAUUCCUGAGACGUUCUUCUAAUUUGCUGUCUCUUCUUCACCUGAUUUUUUCUGUUUGUUCUUCCUUCCAUUGUUUUAUCAUAUCUAGCAGGUUGCCUGUCUUUUUUUUUUCUUUGCCUUUGUGGUAAUCAUCAAUGAAAGUUGGUUUGUUAUUCAUGUUACAAAGUAAAAUGUAAGGGACCUAAGCAUAAUUCAAUGAUUCAUUUUAGUCCAAUGUUCUAUCGAAACUUGUAGUAUGUUCCUCCCAAAAUCAAAGCGCCAUCUUACAAUGAUUUAAUAAAUUUAACAAUUUCGAGUGUUAUUGGAUUUCCAGAAAAUGCAUUUUAAUCACUAAAAAUUUAGAUUUUGAAAUUUUAAAUAACUAUGAUUUUUAGAAAUCAAUCUUACAAAAAAAAAUAGGCUUUCCAAUGGGUGCAUCUUUCGGGGCAAAUUUCUGUCUACAUUUUUAUGGAUCAAAUAGUUUGAACAAUAAAAACAUUUGGAUAUUUAAAUGAUCACUUUAAACCAACCUACCAUUCUUGGGGAUGUUUAAACUAUUUUCUGUGAAUAACCUUGUAUAUAUUAUGUUUGAAGAACAGUUUUAACCCUAAAGUUUCUGACAAACACGAAACCUAUAUUUGACAGAUAUUGAACUAUCCUCUUCAGAGUGAAACAUGGUCAAAUGAAAGACAUUCAUUAUAUUCCCAACUUCUUAGGUUUGCCAGAUUAUUCUCAGAACCUACAUAGCUUUAAUUAAUUACAAACUCCUGUAUUGUAAAAUGUCCACAAACAAUUUUAUAAAAUUAAGUAAUGUGCAAUUUGACUAAUUUUUUGAGAGACAAUUUACAUAUCCAUCUCUGUCUUUGGUGAAAGCCCAACAGAUCCCGUAAAAGUUUACAAGUAAAAGUGAAUAAUGGAUUAUUUUAACCUCUUGUAAUGUACUUUAAAUGUCGUACCUAAAAAUUUUGCAGGUUAUCUGCACUAAUCCGUCUUUUUUUCUUUUGAAAAUGCAGAAAAUACCCACAAAUUUACUAAUUAUGAUUAUAGUAUCUGCGAGGAUUUUCAGUAGCAUUCAUUCUUCAAUAAAAUCGUUGUAAAACAGUGAGAGGGGAUCGGAAGUGAGGAGGUGUAGAAGUCGAUUCAAGAAACAUGGCUGAAAUGACAAAGCAGUUACGUCACUUCUUGUUCAAAGGAACCCAUUUCACAGUAGAGAUGUGUUCAGGAUUUAUACUGUCUGAAUUUGUUACACAUAGUGUAAAUUUAAUAAUAAUUUAAAUUUUGCUUCUGUGGAAAACUAUAUUCUGCAUCAAGAAGUAAGAAAUAUUCUAACAAAUAUUCUAAUUAUGAAAUACUUCUUUAAUUCAGGCUUAAGCACUUAUUUUAACCCUAGUAUAAAUCAGAAGUCAAAUGGCAUGAAUCAAAAGAGAGCGGGAAACAUAAACAGUGGCAAUAUCUUUAUUAUCUGCUUUGUAUUAUUGCUACACGCGUGCAGCGACUGCGUGAUGUAAGAAUGGGUUUUCCUAACUACAGGAUCGUAAUCUACUGAAGAAUUAGUCUGGGCUUCAUCCAACACCCAAGAACCAAAUCAGUAGUCGAGAAGGGAGUUAGAGGUCCAGCUGUACCUGAUCCUCCCAGGUCACAUGACCAAAUGAAACAAUCUGCUUUCUAGCUGGAUAUUUUAUUAUGGUAUAUUUUGGUUACUAUGGGAUACAAGCCAAAAUAUUGAGAAUUUUGUAUAUUAUUUUUAACUUGUAGAAUUUUCUUGUGACGUGAGUUUUGUUCAGACUCAUCUAAUUCUGUUGUAGUGUGAGUUUUGUUAAAACUCAACUAAUUCUGUUGUGGUGUGAGUUUUGUUCAGACUCAACUAAUUCUGUUGUGGUGUGAGUUUUGUUCAGACUCAACUAAUUCUGUUGUGAUAUGAGUUUUGUUCAGACUCAACUAAUUCUGUUGUGGUGUGAGUUUUGUUCAGACUCAACUAAUUCUGUUGUGGUGUGAGUUUUGUUCAGACUCAACUAAUUCUGUUGUGGUGUGAGUUUUGUUCAAACUCAACUAAUUCUGUUGUGGUGUGAGUUUUGUUCAGACUCAACUGAUUCUGUUGUGGUUUGAGUUUUGUUCAAACUCAACUAAUUAUGUUGUGGUGUGAGUUUUGUUCAAACUCAACUAAUUAUGUUGUGGUGUGAGUUUUGUUCAAACUCAACUAAUUAUGUUGUGGUGUGAGUUUUGUUCAGACUCAACUAAUUCUGUUGUAGUGUGAGUUUUCAAACUCAACUAAUUCUGUUGUGGUGUGAGUUUUGUUCAAACUCAACUAAAUCUGUUGUAGUGUGAGUUUUGUUCAAACUCAACUAAUUCUG